AGAAAAAAAAAGGAAGGUAAACAAGUUGGGACUUUUUUUCUUUUUCCUUAAGUGUUUCCUUUUGUUUGAUUUGGUCGAAGUAGACGCGGCUCAAGACUCGUGCUUGAUUCCUUCUCAGAGGCCUGCUGCAUUGACGAGAUCGCCAGGACUAGAAAAGGUUUCUCGUCAAGAUUUCCAAGGUUUCCAAAUCAUUUUAUUUUUGAUUCGGUAACUAAUUUAAAAGCAAAGCAUUCAAGUGCGGCCUCGGAAUUGACAAUGAGCAAGUCCAAUUUCAAAACCUCACCAUACAAUUACAAUGAAGAUGAAAGAAAAUCAGUUUCCAGAUCUGAUUUUGCUUUUUCAAAGGACCGAUACAAGAAUAAUUUUCGCGACUCGGGCGGUUUAGAGAACCAGUCUGUGCAAGAAUUAGAAAGUUAUGCUCUGUACAAAGCUGAGGAGACUACACUGAAAGUUAAUGGUUGUCUAAAGAUUGCCGAAGAAAUUAGAGAGGAUGCUUCCAGGACUCUUGUCACCUUGCAUCAACAGGGCGAGCAGAUAACACGAACUCAUUUAGAUGCGGCUAACAUUGAGCAUGAUCUUAGCAGGGGUGAGAAACUUUUAGGAAGUCUUGGUGGAAUUUUUUCAAAAACUUGGAAGCCGAAGAAGAAUCGGACAAUCAAGGGCCCUGUUUCAAUAGCAGAUAAUUCUUUUCAUAGAAAAGCCAGUCACACAGAACAAAGAGAGAAACUAGGAGUAACUACAAACCAAAAGGGCAGAUCCACUGUUCGGCAACCUCCCUCGGAGUCUGCAAGCAUGCUGGAAAAAGUCGAGUUUGAAAAGGUCAAGCAGGACGACUCUCUAUCCGAUCUUAGCAAUUUGUUAGGCCAGCUGAAGGAAAUGGCUGUUGACAUGGGGUCCGAGAUCGAAAGGCAAAACAAAGCGCUGGAUGGCGUUGACGUUGACGUCGAAGAGCUAACUAUAAGAGUAAAGGGUGCGAAUGUCCGCACUCGUCGUCUGCUCGGAAAAUAAUUAUACAAUUUGCAAAACUGUUCUUGUGUGAGAUUUUGUUAAAAAGUUUGGUUCAUUCAGUGUUCUUCUUCUUCAUUUUUACUGAUUAUGAUUCAUCCUUUUCUGGUUUGUAUGUAUACUUGUGAAUUCUUCACAUACAAUUUAGCAAAUAAAAGUUUCCAAUUUCAUGGAUCAUAAAACCCUA